UCCAAAUGCCAGUUGUCUGGACUCCCUGCGAGGACUCCCAGAGCGACCAGGGCCAGAACCAGGGAUAGAGCAGUGUAUUACACAUUCUGGCUGGCGUCACUGGGUGUUUGGUUUGGGCCUUGGAAAGUGCUGCUAAGACAAGUACUGGUUUCGGUUGCUGUGAGGUGGACAAGUUUCUUUUUUUUUUUUUACAUUUUAUAAGAGCUCCUGGUUAUUUGAAUAUGGAAGAUCCGUAGUUUUGUGAGGAAAUUCCACCACACUGGGGAGACAACAUUUAAUCAUCCCAUCACACACAAGCCGGAGGCCGAUGAUGAGUUCUUCCUGAUUGACAGAACUCAGGAGACCCCUCCCUACCAUCGUCCCAAACUGGCACCCCUCCAAAUGACUCCAAACAACCCCGCCCAGUCCAACCCCUCACGGUAUGCCACAAGUCCCUCCUCCGACCCGGCCUCUCCCUCCUACGCCACCACGGCGGCCACGCCCAAUCAGCCUACCACGCCCACCUCGCCGACUACGCCCAUCUCCUCAGAGCGGCCUAGCUUUCGGAAGCGGAUUGUGCCCAAGGAGUCAGCGCCUGCCCUGAAGCGGCGGCGGGAUGCGGUGGCGACCAUGGAGGGCUGGCUCUUCAAGCAGGACAGCGGAGCGUUGAAAGCAUGGCGUAAGCGAUGGUGUGUGCUGGCCGAUUACUGCCUAUUCUAUUAUAAAGGGUCAGACAAAACAAGGUCUGAAUCAGGUUCCAUAUUGCUUCCCAGCUAUCAGAUCAGCCCAGUCGGUCCACAGGACAAGAUCACCCGGAAAUAUGCCUUCAAGUGUGAGCACGAAAACAUGAGGACGUAUUACUUUGCGGCAGAGAACCAGGUGGACAUGAAUCAAUGGAUUAGAGCCAUGAAGCUGGCUGCCAAUGCACAACUUGAAAGGCGACAACAGUAUGAUGAUGAUGAUGCUCGAUUCAGGGGUCACCACUCACAAUCCCCAGAUGACGAGAGAGACAACGAGGAAUGGCUAUUCAGGAGCCCCAAGGAGUUGAACGGGACCAUGCGAGAGGAUUAUGAAGACAACCCCCAUGUGGCCCAGCAUCAGAAUGGGUUUGACCCCGACGGGCGCUUGCCUCGGGAGCCAGAAGAGGCCAACGACCACCACUUCCGGAAUGGGGAUGACUAUUACACAGAGGAUGCACCGGAGGGCUACUGGGAGGCACGGGAGAGAUACGUGCAGAACAACGGCCGCUACCCAGAGAAGAACAGGGGGCAUGGACCGAGUGCCCUGGAGCGUGCCAACCCCCCAGCCAUUUACGACUACCCGCCUGAUGAGGACAUUGACGGAUACUCCUCACCAGAGGAAGGGAAGCAAGAGCUGCGUGAACGUUUCCGUGACGAGGAGGAGGAGGCGGGAGAUGAUGACGAGAAAGCCCAUCAGUCCCAAUCAGACAGUGAGCGGGUGGAUGACAAGGAGCUAUCAGACAGAGAGGAGUUUGGGAUGGACCGUGGGAGAGACCCCCACAGUGGUCACGAUGACAGGAGGAAGUUCCACCACGAUGACGACGAAAAACCAGGUGAGAGGAGUAGAUACAACUCACGGGGUAGUGGGGACCGACCCCCGCAGCCCGGAGCUCUCCACCCGCCUUCUGACAUGGAUGCAGGUGGAUACGCCACGCUUCGAUUACCCCAGCAACAGGAUGGUCAGGAACCAUCCGAGCGCUUGGAGGACCCCCCAAGACGUGACAGGUACAGCUCGCUCUCGGAGAGCGACCAGGACAGGCAGAUUAUCCCCACAGAGGAGAGACUGGUCAGCUCAGUGGCGCCAAUGCAUGAAGCGGGCUACCACCCUCGGGAAAGGCCAGGUAGCGGUCAGCGAAGAAAGGAUCCUAACUCGGCAUCACCAGAGGAUGACAGAGGGACGGCCAGGUCAAGAGAUUCUCAGUCUAGCCGGGCAUCCCAAGACAGACACGGUGGCAGACGUGGCGACAGACAUGGCGGGGAUCCCCGCCGCAGUUGGGAUCGGGGUAGUGGGUCCGUCUCCAGCCGAGACGACGGACAGCGGCCGGGCCGGUCAAUUGGUGGGGGGCGGCGGGGCAAUGGGCCUGCCCCCCACUCUCCGGGUCAGUACCCAGAGUCCUACAACACCCUGCCCAGACCAAGGUCCAAAUCCCGUGAACGCAGCAGUACAGAGGAAGGCCAGUUUCCAGAGAGCAGUAGAAACUCCAACAAAGGUGGAUCAUUGGACCGUCACCAGAUGCCACAUUAUGACUCCUCAACUACUGACUCUUUACCAAGCCCCUCAGGUGAGCCUACAUCUCAUCCACUUGGAGGGGGUGGGCGGAGACCCCCUUACGAUGACCCCAGGAGAAUGCAUUCGUUGGAUCAGCGGCACCAGCGUCCCCGUCGGGAUUCAGAUUCGCAGUCGGAUUCUCGACACAGCUCUCGUGGCGAAAGGUCGCCCGCACCGCAGGGCUACUGGGACCGCGAAGGCCGUAGGCGUGAUCCCCGGGAGAUGCAAGGGACGAGGUCACUCGAUCGCGAUCGGAGGCCACAACCGCAAAGGUCCUCCACAGAUUCACUGCCAAGGGAGGGCCAUCAAAGGGCAACCCUGCCUCCCGAUUAUAGAAGUCCAGAUGCCCGGCGCCACAACUUUGCGGAGCAUCAUCCCCUGGCACAAGAUCUGCCUGACUCGGAUAUCUCUAAAGUGUCAACGCCACCUGGCUCUGCUCCUGGUUCUGUGGAUGGCAGGAUGAGGGUAGAUCCCGAGACGGGAAGCCUGAGGCGAGAUGAUCGCAGAGGUGACCCCAGAAGAAGUGAUCCGAGAGGUGACCCAAGACGAGAUGACCUCAGAGGAGGUAACCCUUUGAGUGACCCGAGGCAUAACAGAAGAAGUGAUCCCAGGGGGGACCCCAGACAACGUGACCCAAGAGGUGACCCCAGAAGAGAUGCAAGACUUGAUCAAAGAAGUGAUCUCAGGUGGGGUGACCCUCACAGAGGUUACUCUAGCCUUGACCGUCCAGAUGACCCACGGCAACAUGACCCAAGAGGCCAGCCAAGGAGAGCUGAUCCCAGGGAUGACCCAAGGAGGGGAGACCCAAGAGGCGAUCCAAGAAGAGACGACUCUCGAGAUGGUCCCAGGAGACGUGACCCCAGAGAUGACCCAAGGAGAGGUGACCCUCGACAAAGCGACCCCAGAAGAGGUGGCCCCCGAGGUGACCAUAGGGUGGACAGAAGGAGUGAUCCCCAGAGGGGCCGACCCGGAGAGGAUGGGAGGAGAGAGAUGCAGGGAAGGCGUCCACCGGAGCCAUUACAUUUCAAGUUUCCCAAGACAGGGGAAAUAUAUCCAAGCGAAGUCACUCCAGAGCAGCGCUCCCUCCUGCAGAGCCCGUUGGCGCAGCCGGGCCACGAUCCGUGGACCCCCGAGCAGCGGGCUGACAUCAACAGCCCCUUGGCCUACCCACGGAAUGAGCCAGAGUGGCCGACCAGUCGGCCCGAGGCCUACUACAGGGCCAGGGAGAGACAGGCGGAAAGUGACCGCGAUAUGUCGGCUCAACACAGCGCAGAGCGUCAGCCUUUGUCAGAUUAUGUACCUCAGCAAGUAGAGGCGGUCAUACAGCGCUCGGCACCCACCAAUGAGACCUUUGCUUCCGCUCCUCCUCUGCCUUCUGAGGAGAGGUACCCAGAAGAGCAGAGGCCCGCCAAUUAUGACCGGCCAAGGAGAUUUGCCUCAUCAAUUACCGAGGAGGGAGUCGAAGGAACCACGGAGGCAGACAUAGCCCCCAGACGGGCAAGGAAUGCCAACUCCAAGCGCCGCUCCGAGCGGAACACCUUGGAGAGGAACGAGUUCAACAGCGGAGACCAGCUAGCACCCCUCGCGGGAAGCAGCGGAUCGAACAAAGGGCCGAGGGAGCCCACCAGUCGCUUCAAGAAGUGGCAGAUGAAGGCCCAGCCCUACAUCCUCCUCUCCACCGGCAUCCGACUGCGCCUCAGCAUCGCUGCUGGAGACCUCCUCGGCAAAUCGCACGAGGAGCUGGUGCUGCUGCUGAUCCAGCUGCGCCGGGACCAGUCUAACCUCAAGCGCUGGCUGGAGAUGAUUGACCAAGAGUUGGCGCUGUUGGCGGACCCUGCCAGCUCGCCCCCUGGCAGCCCCACCCGUAUGAGAGCCAGGCACAGCGACUCCCUGCACCGUCGCUCCAACCCCAACCUGAGCGAGGACCGAGAGUUCCUGGAGGAGCUGUCGCUAGAGCGGGUGGAGGUGGAGCGGGAGCUGGAGAUCAGUCGCCCCCUGGUGCGCCUGGUGGACAAUCUGGUCCGCAUGGGCAGCCUGUACGGCGGCCAGAAUCAGAUGAUCGCCCAAGAGUUCUACCGGGACAAGGUUCAGAAGGAUCUGAACUACAUCGAGCCCAAGAAACUGAUCGAGUUCUCCCGCCGCUUGGAGGAGGAGAAACUCAACCGAGACCUGAAGGGAGAGCUGCAGCAGAUACAGACGGCUGAAGAUAGACUACUAGAGGAGAAACUGAGCCAGCUGCACCGGCUGGACAAGAGGCUGCAGGAGAUGUCGGCCCACGUCUCCCUCCUCAAGGAGGACAAGGACAAGAUCGAGGCGUCGCUGGACCGCCUGGGACGCCAGAUGGACCGGCACUGGGACGAGCCAGACAUCCGGGUUGGGAUGGAAGACCAGCAGCACCGGCUGGAGCGGGACCUGGUGAAAGUUCGGACACAGCUGGCCAACGGGACAAAGGAACUGGAGGAGGUUGCUGCUGAGAAUGGGAAGAUUGAAUAUGAGGUGUCACUCCUAAGAUCCAAGCUGGAUGCGCAACACCAGAGGAGUACUAAAAGUCCGCACGAGGGCGCUAACACCAAGGAGCGGCUCCAGAUGGAGAACGAGGUGACCAGGGUCCAAUCCCUGCUGGAAAACCUGGACAAACAGAGAAAUCAGCUGGCUAACCAGAUGCAGACACUAAGGACGGGACCCGCAGAAACCUACCCAGAGAAGAUCCAACGUCAUCGUCGUGAACAGUCGCCCCGUACCCCCAAGCAGUACGCCGUUACAGACCUGGACACCAUGUUAUCGCAUGACAUCAGUGCAUCGCCUGCUACCCCGGCGGCGGCCAGUGACAGCGGGUGGAAAUCUGCCCCGCCGCUGCGCAGAAGAGAGGACAGCAUCAAAAAAGUCCGGCAAAUCAAAGAGCAGCAGGUCCAACAGUCCCCCGUCCUGGAAUCGGUGGCUUCGUCCACUGCCCAGUCAUCUUACCACGCCUCCCCUCAGAUCCUCCAUCCCCAGCCCCGCUACCAGCAACCCCCCAUGCAGCAAAUGGAGCAGCCCCAGAUAUACCCCAACCAGGAGAAUCAGUACUACUCGAGCCCUUCCACGAACCACAGAAGGGGUCGUGCACCACCACAAGAGAGAGUACGGAAUGGACCAAGCCAGCAAGGCUGGUAUGGUGACGGUAACCCUGCCAACAAGAGACACACAAUAGGAGGCUAUGAAAAAAGGAGCAAGGGACCUAGACCUGAAUCUAAAUACCACACCAUUAGCCGGACAGGAGAAAUCAUCCCCGGUUCCCCGAUGCGGAGGACCAGGUCAGUGCCUGAUCAACAAGGCUUGAUGGCUGGAGACGACCGGAAAUCUUCCGCAAUGGACCGCCUCAUGCCCGGUAUCCCGUACAAGAACACCAGCUACGACCCCUAUCAUGGCGCUGUCUCGGACACAGAGGCCGAUCCGGCGGCCUCCCGGGCCAAGAAAAAAAGCCAGAGCCUGCGGGCCUCGGAUGGAGCUCAGCUAAAGGCACAGGCCCCCGCCCUCCGCCUGCUCCGCUCGGCACGUUCCCAGACCCUCCCCGGCCGCUUCACGGACGGCCCUCAGACUCCCCCGGUCUUUGAUAAUGACCCCCUGAUGACCCCAGACCUCACUAACAGCUGGGACGAGGGCACCACUAACCGGGAUGGGGAUGAAAGACGAUGGCCACCGCCUGAGCCCAACCGCCGACAUACGUUCAGCGGCCACCCACUAGGGCCGCAGGCCAGACCAUUUGCAAAGGGUGUCCAAGAUGAUAUCGCCAUACAUGAGUUGCAGAAAGCUCUGAUAGACCCAGACGAGGUUCAGGAACUGGACAUACUAGAGCCCUCUGGGCCCCGCCCGUCUGACAUAAUCAGUGGCAAAUACAAACCCGUAGAGGUUGACGAAUCAACAGGCGGGGGACUUUCCUAUGCCCACCUGGCCUUUGUCCCCCAUACCUACUUCCAGGCAAAGCGCAAACUCCUCAGAGAGUGGUUCUUUGCUUCGACUGAAUCAACACCGCCUCAGCUGGGACUGCCGGCUAAGAUCAUCAUCCCAGAACGCUACUUGCCGGACGACGAUGACGAACCCGCUAUGACGCAGGAGGAGAGAGAGAGACACGAGGAGCGAGUGGACCGCAUCACCAAGAUGCUGUCAGCCCACAGACUCUCUGAACAUGGCAUCACCCUAGAAAACGACAUGUCGAGUCUUCAAGAAUGGCAUCCAAGCGAGAUCCUGUCUACCUGGGACAAGGCAGGAGAGUUCCCAGAAGCCGAGGAGCUGAGACUGAAGGUGGAGGAAGAGAAACAGGCCCGCCAAGAGGUGCUAGCCAUGAGGCGGGCCCUGGCCCAGGAGGUCAAAGAGCAGAGCAAGGUCAUGGCAGCUCGCAGCAUGAGGAUGAACACUGACGGCCAACAAAUUGCAGAGAGAUGAUGAUGACACUGUUACUGUGCCAACAGCUCAAGAUUGUCAUCCAGCCAUCACUGACCUCACAGAACCUCAACUGUCAAAGCUCUUGUCUCAGAGAUGCCUCAGCCCAUUCAACCCUCCCCCCAUCUCUCUCAUGCCAUGAGCUGAAAGUUGGAGGGCACUCCCAGCGUGUCAUCCUUCAGUAAAGACAUUUGGAAAUAAAUUGAGCCAAAUUGUGAAUUGCAUUGACCAUCAACUGCCCAAAACCCAUCAAAUAACUACCUCCAAGGUGCAGGUUUUGCCAUAGUUUGAUGGCUGAGCUUAGAGACCAGUACAGCCUCAGCCACCACCAACUUCAUACCUUUUCAUGGCUACAGAACUGUAUGAUGUGAUGGCUGUAGACUUCUGUAGCUGAGGCACUGUUGCCACGAUGGCUACAGACAAACCCGACGAGACGCCAUUCCAAGAGGCCAUCAUUUACAUGCACGCAGCCGUCUCAACCAGAUUGCACGCGUGUGCGCAUUUCGGCAAUUGACUACUGCCAGUUGGUAAAGGAGGAAUUUCACGCACGCACGGCCUGCGUGCGAACAGGAUGGCACCAUAGUAAUGGCUUCUAAUUAUGGUCGUCGGAUUUGUCUGUAGAGCUGUACAGCCAAACCCCUUUUUGAUGACUAGAAAGGUCUACAAAGGGUGAUCCAUUGAAAUAUACGCCAGCUCUGUAAAGCUGGUUUCGUGAGGAGUCAACCUUUCUACAGAAUCACUGAUUCUGAGGCAUUAAUCAUUUCUGCAGUAGCAUCACUUUACUUGGCAUUUACACAUCUGCAUUUUAAUUACAUGUAAUUGGAUUUAUUACUUAUGUACAUGGAAACAAUAAGCAAAUAUACACCAAAAGAUUUGUUUACUGAUUGUCUUUUCCAAUUAUAAUGUUUCAACUUGUUCUUAAUUUUACAAUGCAUUGAUUUGUCUAGACUUAAAAUCUCAUACACGACAGUAACUUUCUUAUAUACUGAAAUCUGCAUCUGUUUUACAUGUACUUGUAUGUAUAGAUUUGGUGUUGCAGCUUGGGCUUUUGCGCUUGUUCUAAAUUUUGACAGAGCCAUUUUAAAUUGCAAAAUGCAAAUGUGGUAUAUUUUAAUUUGUCUGCAAACAUUUUGAUGGAAUAUUUGACAUCAUGUCCUGAUUUUACCGGUAUCUUGUAGAAAUUGUUAAAGUUGAUAAUCGAUAAGCAAUUGUUUCCUUUUUAUGCAGAUAGCUAUUACUUAGUUUUCUCUUAUGUUUAAAUAAUUUUUCUUCACUGCCAGCUAGACUUUUGCAUUUUUUUAAGCAAUUAUGAAAAGAAAGAUUUUUCUAAACAAUUCCAUUGGACUGGUUUUAACUUUUUAGUUUAAGGAAGACGGUAUAGAAAAGACAGUACGUAUGUGUGUAAUAUUAAAUUUCAUUUUAAUCAGCUACUAAUUUGAAAGCUAUUGUUUGAAGAAACAAUUAUUGAUCAAAAUAACACAUCACACCACGUUUGUUUUUGCCAUUUGUAUUUAUUUGUGGCACAUGGCAAAAUUGCUAACUGUUUUAGAAAUUUUUUGACAAGGAAUACCAUCAUCAAUAUUACAAUGAACUUUGCAAAGUUUGGUAAUUUGUAAGUAAUUUUUGUUUUGUUUUUGGUUCAUAUUCAGAGGCUUGGGCCAGUGAAUUUCUAAUACUUAGAACUUUAAUGCUAAGAUUUUACCUCACAAUGGUUGAAUUGUUUGCCGUGGGUAUUAUGAGUAGAGUACUAGAUUCAGAUCACAUUUUGAAAUGUACUGGACUGUUAUAUCUUUGGAUUUUAAACAAACUAGAGUAAUAUUAUGCUGUAUAUUUUGUGUUAACCAGAAAAGGGUUAAUCGCUGAUAAAAAUCUGAAGUAGGAAUGAAGUUCUUUUUUUCUGCAAAGCCUGUACAUUUUUAAAAAUUGCAGUUGUAGGGACUCUCAACUAUCUUUUUACCAAAGAUGAGAGAUAUCCAGGUAUCCUGCCAGGUAUCACGUGGAAUGACAUGGCUGAGAUGGAAAGUAACACAUGAUCUAUGAGGCCCGAUUGUAGCCGAUAGCCUAGAGGCUUCCAACCUUGGCAACCUUGAGUACUUAUUGAGUACUAAAGUGUGAUGUCAUUUUGAGCCAGGGAAUGCAGUACAAAUGAAUGGAGUACACGCAUGUGUUGGUUCACGCGCUCGUACCCGCACCGAUGCCUUUUACAUACAAUACGGGCGUUUCACAGUAGUGCGCCUCCAAGAGUUUGCAACGCGUUGACCAAUCACAGUGCGCAAAAUCUGU